AUGAGUCUAAACAUUGGAUACUUCUUUAAUAAUGUAGACAUAUCCGUUCAAAUAGAUGACCCGCCAUCACAACAACCUACGUUAGUCACAUUAAAUCGAAAAGAUAAUUUAUCAAAUAUUCAUGAAGAAGAUUGGGUUUUAAAUAAAAUUUUAGAUCAUGAUACUCUAUACUUGACGAAAAAUUCAAACCCUGAUUGGAAAUUUUUAAACGAGUUGCGUAAAUUAGAUUAUGGACGUAUUAUAAAUUUUAAUGGAAUCAAAACAGCUAAAAGAAGAGCAUUUGAAAUGAAGGAAUGUAAAAUUACUGAAUUUGGAGCAGAGGGAUGUCAAAAAGGAAACAUUGAAUUUAACUCAAAUGAAGAUUGGAUGAUGAAAACAAAUUUAAUUUUUACCAGUAAUAUUAAUGUAGAAAAUUUGGUAAAGUUUGGAAUAACGGUUGGAAAAUCACAAAAUAAAAAGUUGAAAUUUGAAACCAAUUCAACUUAUCGUUACACGGAAUAUGGAAAAGCGUCCUUAGAAUUUAGUAAGUAUUUGGAACCAACAAGGGAAUUCAUUGAUGCGGUGAAAGAUGCUAUAAACUCUGGAGAUGCCGAGGAAUUUAAGCAGAUUACUGAGGAAUUUGGUCAAUUUAUUCCAAAUGAAGUUAUUUUAGGCGGGAGGGCCUAUUAUGAGGGACAUAAAGUUUUAAAGGAACAAACUGAAGAAAAUGCUAUUAAUGGAACUAUAGAUGUAAAUGCUGGGCCUUCAGAAAACAAAAUAGGAAAUGAAGUCAUGGUUUCCAAUGGAAUGACCAAAUACCGUCAACAAGAGUGUGCAAAAUUGAUUGGGGGGCCGCAACCUGAUAAUCUUGAAAAUUUUGAUGAGGCAGCUUGGGCUAAAUCUUUAAAAGAUUUUAGACAAUGGGAUUGCAUUGAAUUUAAAGAUCCGAUUAGCAUUUUUCAACUUUUAGAUAAAACUUUACAUAAUCAAGUAAUUAAAUUUUUAGGAAAAAGAAUUCAUUAUUCAAAAAUUGAGGACUAUAGUUGUACAUUUGAGAAAUUGGGAGAACCUUUUAUGUAUGAAUUAAGUAAUAUACCAUCACAUAUUUCAAAAAUUAUGCAAAACCAAGAUGCUGAUUGUGACCUUUUUGCAACAGUUAUUGAUGCAGAAGGUGUGAAAAAGGAUACUUUUAACUGUCAAAUCCUUUCUCCCACGAAAGGAAAACCAAGUCUCAUAAUUCAUUGUAUUCAAGAAGAUUUUAAAAAACGAGAUUGCAAAUUGAAAAUUGGAUGGAUGGUUAUUGGUUACUAUACGGAUUUAAAUUUUAUUCUUACGGAUUUUGAUGUUCAAUUAAAUAUCAUUAAAAAAAAUUUUAAUGUAACAUCGAACACACAACCUAUGCAAAAUAGAGCAUUAUUAGAUUUAGAAUAUAACUCAUUUAUCAGAAAGUCUCCUUGUAUUGGUAUUCCUGUGCUAAAAAAGUUGGAUUCUACAAAUAAUUCUCUCGUAAUCGGACAUCAUUUUUUCAACGUUCAGGAAGAAAGUAAAAUUGGAUCAUACACAUAUUCUUGUUGUUUGCAGAAAAAAAUAUAUGUUGAUUUACCUGAAUUUACUUUUAAUAUACUCGUCAUUUCCAAUUAUCCUGAUACUGAAGCUUAUGGCAUAUCCCCUUUUGAACGACAAAAGAUAUUGAGCAAGGCAAGAGAAAUAUUUAAUAAUCGGAUUAUUAGAUCUAAUUCUUCAACAAAAUUAAAACCAAAAUAUGUCAGUUUGUAUAUUACGGGAGAAAAUAAUUAUUGUCCAAUUUUUUUAAAACAAAAAGCUAAUAAAGUUAAGUAUAAGCCGAUUAAAUACACCAUCUGUAAUAAUGUUUCUUGUAUUUGUAAAAAUGAAUCAGUAAAAGAAAAUCUGAAAUAUUCAUACUUUGAUCCAAAACCAGGUUGA